AAAGUCCCCGCCCGGGCUAGUCUUUGCCCCGCCUCUUCCUGGUUUCUUCCCCCACCCCCCGGCGGCUCCGCUAAGUCCUCGCGGCGGGUCUCGGCGGAGCCCCUCCCCUUCCCACCUGGCAUCCCCUCCGCCGCCUCGUUUAAUUGCGCCCCAUGUCCUGGGCUUCCCGCCCGCCCUUCCUCCCCGAGCGGCAUGCCGCGGGGCAGUGUGGGCCGGUGGGGGUGCGCGGCGAGGUGCAUUGUGGGGUCGCGUCCCGGUGGCGGCAGCGGCGGCGGCGGCCCUGGCUGGAUCCCGCGGCGGCGGCGGCGGCGGGAGAGCCACAAAGCCCGGAGCCGGAGCCGGGGGAGGCUGGACGGGACGGGAUGGGCGACAGCGGGCGGGACUCCCGAAGCCCAGACAGUUCCUCCCCCAACCCUCUUCCCCAGGGCGCCCCUCCCCCGUCUCCUCCUGGGCCCCCCAUACCGCCUUCUGCAGCCUCAUCCCUUGGAGGCUCAGGGGCCCCACCCCCAAUGCCACCCCCUCCCCUAGGCUCCCCCUUCCCCGUCAUCAGCUCUUCCAUGGGCUCCCCAGGGCUGCCCCCUCCAGCGCCUCCUGGAUUCUCCGGGCCUGUCAGCAGUCCCCAGAUUAAUUCAACAGUGUCGCUCCCUGUGGGUGGGGCUGGCCCCCCUGAAGAUGUGAAGCCACCAGUCUUAGGAGUCCGGGGCCUGCACUGUCCACCACCCCCUGGUGGCCCUGGGGCUGGCAAAAGGUUAUGUGCAAUCUGCGGGGACCGAAGCUCAGGCAAACACUACGGGGUUUACAGCUGUGAGGGCUGCAAAGGGUUCUUCAAGCGAACCAUCCGCAAAGACCUGACCUACUCCUGCCGAGACAACAAGGAUUGCACCGUGGACAAGCGCCAGCGGAACCGCUGUCAGUACUGCCGUUACCAGAAGUGCCUGGCCACAGGAAUGAAGCGGGAGGCGGUACAGGAAGAGCGUCAGCGGGGGAAGGACAAGGACGGGGAUGGGGAGGGGCCCGGGGGCGCCCCCGAGGAGAUGCCUGUGGACAGGAUCUUGGAGGCUGAGCUGGCUGUGGAGCAGAAGAGUGACCAGGGCGUGGAGGGUCCUGGGGGAACCGGGGGUAGCGGCAGCAGCCCAAAUGAUCCUGUGACUAACAUCUGUCAGGCCGCUGACAAGCAGCUCUUCACCCUGGUUGAGUGGGCGAAGAGGAUCCCGCACUUUUCCUCCUUGCCUCUGGAUGACCAGGUCAUAUUGCUUCGGGCAGGCGUGGGAGCCAUCUUUGACCGGGUGCUGACAGAGCUUGUGUCCAAAAUGCGGGACAUGAGGAUGGACAAGACAGAGCUGGGCUGCCUGCGGGCAAUCAUUCUGUUCAAUCCAGAUGCCAAGGGUCUCUCCAACCCCAGUGAGGUUGAAGUCUUGCGGGAGAAAGUCUAUGCGUCUCUGGAGACCUACUGCAAACAGAAGUACCCUGAGCAGCAGGGACGGUUUGCCAAGCUGCUACUGCGUCUUCCGGCUCUCAGGUCCAUCGGCCUUAAGUGUUUAGAGCAUCUGUUUUUCUUCAAGUUGAUCGGAGACACCCCCAUUGACACUUUCCUCAUGGAAAUGCUUGAGGCUCCCCACCAGCUGGCCUGAGCCUAGACCUAGACCAGGCCCUGGUCCUGGUGUUUGAGGCCGCUACAAGCUAGAGGGGCUCGGAGCCUGGAGGCGUGCUGGGAAGUCACUAGGUCCCAGGUGGUCCCGGAGUCUUGGUGGGUGAGAAGGAGGGGCAGAACCAGACCUGGCAGGGACUAUAAACUCUAGGGUUUUCUUGACGCCCCACAUCAAAAUUCAUCAGAUCUUUGAGGGGCAGGACCACUCCAGUGGCCUUGAGGCUCUGAGUUUGUCUGGGUCUCAUGAUUUUGGGGGGUGAUUUCUUCACCUCGGCCUGGAAUGAUUUCUCUCCUUCCCCAGCACAAAGCACUGGUAUUGCUCCCAGGAUUUUGCUUCCUUCUCCUCUUCCUUCUCACUUAACUCUCCCCUCUGAAGAUUGGAAAUGGGAACUCCCCCAAGAGAUGGCUGUUGGGAGGCAGGUCCCCCCAACUGUGGACACAGGAAUAGAACUCUGACAGUUCUUUCCUCUUGCCGACCCGGCAGAUGAGCUGCUGUGGAAGAGGGCAGUGCCCCCCCCCCCACCUCUCUCACCCUCCUAGUCUCCUGUCCUCAGUCCCUGCUUGCAGCUUGCACUUCACCUCCUGUCCUCAGGCUGUAAAGGGUGGUGGGACGCUGGUGAAGAUGCAAGGACUCCACUGCUUUCUCGGUUCCUCCCAGGACAGAGACUUGCAGUUAGACUCAAAGAAGUACUGUACUUUCCUAGGCUGACUAAGACAUGCCAGCGGUGGGGUGGCACUGGGUGGAGGGAGAGGGGGGGCCCCUGUGGGAAAGGGGCUCAGGGCAUGUGCAGCGCUUGGUGGGGAUGUUUUGGUGAGCAGCACCCCCACCCCCAGUUCUUCAGGACCCCAGAUCCCACCGUGUGGGCGGGAACUCCGACCCUCUGGUGGUCCUGGGAACUGAGCAGCGAUCACCAGCCCGUGGAGACUAGACAGGGUGCGGGGGCUGCAUGGUUUUCACCCGGCUGGACUGCCCCCCCCACCCCCCCGGGUGGGUUCUUUCCCCUCACACUUUUACUCACAUAAAAUCGCUUUCAAAUGAAAA